AUAUAAGCAUAUCCCCACCCAUAGAAACAAGUACCCAAGCGGAAGUGUGACAUAGCUAGUAAAGAUGGUUUUGCUCGAGAAGCUCUGGGACGACGUUCUCGCUGGACCUCAGCCCGACCGCGGCCUCGGCAAGCUCCGGAAGCUCGCCACUAGCCCCAGACAAAAAGACGGAGAAGGGGAGGGGAGCAAGUUCCAGAGAUCUGUGUCGAUACCGGCGACGCCAACGACGCCGACUACCCCGUCGCCGACGGCCGCUCGUAAGGAGAACGUGUGGAGGAGCGUGUUCCACCCGGGAAGCAACUUGGCGACGAAGGGUAUCGGCGGUGAGAUGUUCGACAAGCCGCAGCCAAACUCUCCCACUGUCUACGACUGGCUCUACAGCGCGGAGACCCGGAGCAAGCAUCGUUGAGCGGGUCGUCGUCACACCCGGCUGCUUGUAAAUAGUGUCCUCCAGUUCGCUGUGUCCGCCGCGUGUCGCGGCCGUCGCGAAUGGUUUUGUUACUGCGUUGCGUGUCCUUAUUAACUUGGCUUUAUUAUCUGUUGUGGGUUGUGGAAGAAUUAUUAUGCUACCGUGUUGCGCCGGCGCAUGGUUUUGGGUGAAUGUGUAUUAUUAACUUAAGUAAGCAGUGUAUGAUUUCCCGUGGUCGACGGUAGCGAUGAAUUACUUUUACUGUAAGAUGGAUUACUUCCUGUGUUUCCUAUUUUGAUUUCUUUUUCUUAGUAUGGCAUUUAAGAAUUUGGAUAAAUUUUUGUGACAGUAAUAUAAAGUUGUUUUAACCCUUUAAA